AUGAAUUUAUUAGCAAUUAUUUUAACCAGACACGGAGAUGACACUACAUUCCUUUGUACAGCAACAGAUUUAAAUAACUAUUCUUUUAUUAAAAAAAUGGCAUUUAAAGAAGCUGCAUUUUUUGUUGCUAGAACAAUUCCUUCAAGGAUCGAAUAUGAUGUAAAGGAAAUUAUAACUCAUGAAAACAACAUUGUUUUUGCAUUUAAAUACUCCGAUAAUAUUUGCCCAGUGGUAAUAGCAACUGAUGAUUAUCCUGAGAGGGUAGCAUUUUACAUGAUUAACGAAAUAUACAUGGACUUCAUACGCACAAUACCUAAAAACAUAUGGAGUGAAGUGAAAGAAGAUAAUAAAAUAUCAUUUAAUUUAAAUCAUUAUUUAUCAAAAUAUAAAGACCCUUUAGCAUGUGAUGCCAUAACUCAAACAAAUAUGAAAAUAAGCGAGAAUGUUGCAAAAGUAAGAGUAACUAUGGAUGCGCUUAUUAGGAAUAGAGAAAAUUUAGACGUGCUUGUUGACAAGAGCAAGGAUCUUUCGAGUACAACAAAACAAUUAUUUAAACAAAGCAAAAAACUUAAAAGGAAACAAUGCUGUCAGCUUAUGUGA